AUUUAAACACGUAUUUUGGAUACAAAUUAAAAAUGUUAAGAAAGAUUUGCCUGCUGCUAAGCAUUCUCUUAGUCCUUGCAACCGCUGAGAAAAAAGACUUGACAGAGUAUGUUAGCGAUGAAGGGAUUAAAUGCAGACAAGAUACACCUGCAAUGACCAUUGGAGAUGAGUUUAUUGGAUACAGAGAAAAUUUAGCCCACUUUCAAGAGAAAUACGAGGUUUUCAUACUAGGAAUUUCAGAUUCUUCAUGCGAUAUCUGUUGUGGAGGAGAGAUUAUACUUGAACAAAUCACUGAGUUGUUUAGAAAUGAAAGUCUCUUAUACAAUAAUGCCAAUAUCCCAAUCGUAAGGCUUGAUGUGCAGAAGCAUGGAGAGAUGUUGCAAGGUUCUGGAAUUAUGUUAGAUUACCUCCCAAGACUGUUUUUAUACUUUAAAGGAAAGUACUACUUAUAUAACGAGGAGGAUAACUUGAACUUGUUUGUUCACUUUAUUAACAGAGUCACUAGCCCCGUGGUAGAUCUCACUAGCAAUGAGCAGGUGGAAAGAUUCAUCGAUACCACUAAAGAGUUCGUUGAAUCGGAUUCCUUCUACAAAAGAGAGUACAGAUUCAUCAAGGAGAAAUUCGAAAAGAUUCCAAAAGUGACUAGAGUCAUUGGGCUUUUCAGCGAUUCUACAAAAUAUGAUGACCAAAUCAGUAACUUAACUAAGGUAGCAGAAGAACUAGCUGAGAGAACAGAUCUUAGAAUCGGAAUCGUCACUGAUCACCAGCUCGUGGCUUUGUAUAAAAAGCAGAAAGGCCCAUUUUGGUUCAGUGAGAACUCUACAAACUCAAUUGUCGUCUUUAGAGAACAAUCAGAUAUUGAAAAGAAGAAUAGAUUUUUCAGUGUUGAGGAUGAAAAUUAUGACCUCAAAUCAUGGAUUAGCUUCUCCAGUCUUGACGAAGUUGAAGAGUUGAAUAAAUAUACUGCCAUGAUCUUGCAGGAUAUUCAAAUGCCUAUUUUCCUUGCUUUACUUCCUGAGAAAUGGGAAGAUGAUAAGCAAUCUGUAGAAUUAAUGAAUAACCUCAAAUCAUGAGCACAUCAUUUCCCUCAAAUUAUGUAUACCUACACCAACAGCAGUGAAGAUUACUUCUUAAGAGACAGACUGACCAUUGUCUGGAAAGAUCUUCCAGCUAUGGGUCUUCUCAACAAUGACGGAAUGAUGCCUGUAAAUUUCCCUAGAAGUCAGCCAUUUUCUCUAGGAAAUCUGAAAUCCUUCUUUGGCCAUUUUAUUAAUGGGACGAUUCAUACUCCAAGAUUUACUCUUCCAGAUGUUAACACUGAUUUUUCAUUGAAUAUGCCUCAUGCAUCACAGAUAGACAUGAGUGGAAAAUUACCAGAAAAUGGAAUCGACAAACUUCUGAAGGAAGAUCUCGACAAAGACAGAGUAGUUUUGUUGUAUAACUCCACGACUAAGUUCUACGAAAACGAUAAAGCCACAUUCUUGCUUGAACUAUCUGCUUAUUUGUUCAACGAUACUGGUGUUGACUCUGUAGAGCUCUAUUACAUGGAUAUUAACCAAGGUGAACUCCCAGAGGAAUUGAAGAAUAACAGGAUUAUCCCACAUUUCCAGCUCUUGCCUGCUAAAGCCACUGAUAAGAAGGACUUCCAUUCUGAACUAGGCAAAAACAUUGAAGAUUUACUCCUCUUCAUCAGAGACAACGCUAAAAAUGAUGUCUCUAAGGCAUUCGAUGGUCUUGGUUGGGAAGACAGAGGGAAGGAUUCUCAACCCUCUCAAGGAGCCUCUUCAGAAGAAUCUACCCAAGCUUAUGAAGAUGAUUCUGAAAAGAAGGAAGAUCUCUAA